UUCAUUGCAUAAAACUCAUAACAUAACAUAACAAACAACAAAACACAGGAAACAACACCCAACAAAACUCACUGUUUAAACUGACCCCCUCCUUGUUCCUUCUCCACCGAACACACCACCUCUCUCUAACCUACGCUACCCCUACUUUAUCUUGCGCAUCCCCACUGUAUCCUGCGCACCCAUCUACCCUUUUUAUUACUCCAUGUCUCGGACCUGGGGCUUCAAGGGUUUUGGCAUCUGAGCGAUGUGGGAUGCUUCAGGCAUUGAUGAACAUACUGUCAUCGUGUUUAAAGCCUUUUGGGCAACAUAACAGCGACAGAGUUGACUCUGUUAACGGUAACGCCAACGGGAACGGCAACAACAACAAUAGUUGUCUUGUUAGAGAAGGUAAAGAUGGUCUGCUCUGGUUCAGAGAUUUGGGAAAGUAUGGUUCUGGGGAGUUCUCAAUGGCUGUGGUUCAAGCCAAUCAAAUUCUGGAAGAUCAGAGCCAGAUUGAGUCUGGCCCGUUUGGGACUUUUGUUGGUGUUUAUGAUGGCCAUGGAGGGCCCGAAGCAGCCCGUUACGUUUGUGAUCACUUGUAUAGACACUUUCAAGCAGUAGCAGCUGAGACGCAGAGAAAUGUGACAAGAGAUACCAUUGAAAGAGCUGUUCAAUUAACUGAGGAAGGAUUUACUGCUCAUGUGUCAGAGUUAUGGAGUACGCAACCUAAUAUAGCAACAGUUGGUUCAUGCUGUCUAAUUGGGGUGAUAUAUCAGCAGACCCUCUUUGUGGCAAACAUUGGAGAUUCACGUGUUGUGUUGGGCAAGAAAGUUGGCAACACUGGAGUAACUGCAGCCAUACAGUUGUCAAAGGAACACAAUGCUAACCUUGAGGAGGUCAGACAGGAACUUAGGGAAUUACACCCGAAUGAUCCCCAGAUUGUAAUCCUCAGACACGGGGUUUGGAGAGUGAAGGGCAUUAUUCAGGUUUCUAGAGCUAUUGGUGACGUAUAUAUGAAACAUGCGCAGUAUAACCGAGAACCAAUAAAUGCAAAAUUCAGACUUCCUGAGCCAAUGAACAUGCCUAUCUUGACUGCCAAUCCAUCAAUAAUUUCUCAACCUCUUCAUCCAAAUGACUCUUUCCUUAUAUUUGCAUCUGAUGGUCUAUGGGAACACUUGAGUAAUCAAAAGGCUGUGGAUAUUGUCCAUAGUCAUCCACGUGUGGGAAGUGCUAAAAGGCUUAUCAAGGCUGCACUCCAAGAAGCAGCAAAAAAACGAGAGAUGAGAUAUUCAGAUCUUAAAAAAAUUGAUACGAAGGUUCGACGCCAUUUUCACGAUGACAUAACUGUAAUUGUUCUAUUUUUAAACCAUGAUCUUAUAUCUAGAGGCACUGUACAAGACCCUCCUCUCUCGAUCCGAAGUGAUCUGGAACGUUUAUAAAUCAUAAAAUCAAUAAUUCACUUACUCUGAUUUUGGCCAAUGCCUGAAGAUCCUUAUUUAUGAUGCAUACCUGAAGAGUUGCAUUGACAAAGCAGUUGUAGUGCUCGGAUACUGAUACUGAGACCAAACUAUCUGAAGAGGCUUAAAGUUUGUAAAAUUUGUUAUAUGUAACUACGAUUGCUACAGAUUCAAUGUAAUAUUAUGAAUUGUUAUAUGAUCUAAUUAAUUGCUUGUA